AAUCUUUUCCAAAGAAAUCGAUUAAAGAAAAAGUUGAUACAUUAAAUGUUAAAUCAAACGAAGAAAUCCCGGAAAAUAAUACGAUGGAAAAAAGAAUCAAAGAUUUGAAAGAAGAGAAUAAAUCUUCACAAGGACGUUCAGAUUUAGAGCAAGAAACGCCAUCACAUAAUGCAAGAAUGAAGAAAUGUAAUAGAAAUGAAGUUAAUGGGAAUAAUUAUACUAGAAGACAAAAAUUUGAAAUUAAAAUGUGGGGUAAACUGCUUAAAAGGAAAAAUAAAAAGAAUUAG